AUGAGCACCGGAAGCGGAGAGUAUGGUCUGAUAAAUGAUGUAACACUAUCAAGGUUCAGGGAAUUUCUCGGGACAAGCAUAAAUGAUGGGUAUACAAGACAUAGGAUAUGCAAAAGCUUGAAAAGAAGCCGCACUAGCUUAUACACGAUUCUGACUGCAAAAAUCCUUUUUGAUAAGACAAAAAGAUAUUUUCCAAGUUACAUCGAAAAAAUAGAGAAGGGAUCUCUGUCGGACGUAGAUAAGUUUAUGUCCAACAGGAGGAAGAAAGAACUAGAGAAAAUCCUUGGCAACGAAUAUCUUUUAUUUAUAGGAUGUACAAUAAUAUCAUCGAAAAUAUACAUGGAUCUUUCAUACACCAACUUCUCAUGGAUUGAGGUAUGCCAUCACGGAGUCGAUCAGAUAAAUGUUGCAGAAAGGCAGAUCUUGCAAGUUCUGGACUAUGAUGUAAACCUUCAAUGGAUAGAGCUGAAAAGAAUGUAUGACGAGUUCGGCGCAGUGCCUAAUAAAGCCCUUUUUGGCCAAGUAGAGAUGAAACAAAGAAAAGGAUUCUUUAAAUGGGCAUUUGGUUCCCUGUUCCGCUUCAUCUCGUGUGUGGAUACCGUGAAUAAAUAG